UAAAUAUUAGAGCUCAACAUUUUUAACGUUAGCUGUGUUUUCUGAAGUUUUAAAUCUUUCGUUUGAAGUUGUAAAGCAUUAGCCAAUUGCUAUUUACUUCCGCUACUUUCGCAUUGCGUCAAUAGCCACUUUAACUUGUGAAGGCACGCGGUUUCUUAUUCAGGUGUUUUAAACUGUCGUUGUUUAAAUAUUACGUAUAUUUUAGCGUUAAAAUGAGUUCUCAAAAAGGAAAUGUUUCCAGAUUGCGAGGCCAAAAACACCAGAAUGUAACUGCCUUCAAAAAUGACAAGUACGGUGCAAGCGCACAAGUUAAGAAAGCCAAAUCAAAGGUUCAUGAUGGUUUGUGCCAGCACUGCAAAGAUGUGCUGGAGUGGAAAGUCAAGUACAACAAAUACAAGCCCCUUACACAGCCACGAAAAUGUGUAAAGUGUCUUCAGAAAACAGUGAAGGAUGCCUAUCAUAUCAUAUGCAAGCCAUGUGCACUAAAGCUGGAGCUUUGUGCAAAAUGUGGGAAGAAGGAAGAGAUUGUCGUUCCACUUGACAAGAAGGAAGAAGAAGAGGUAGAGGACACCAGCCAGCCAAAUAAAGGAAAGAGACAGAAAAAAAGAGACGAGGAGAAUGAUGACGAAGAUUUUGAUGACCUGGGCUUUAGCAAUGAUGACUGUGAUAGUGAUUCAGAGGCCGAAGGAAAUUAACACUUGCAGUCUUCUGUAUGCUUUACCAGCAAACAGCUAAACCUAAGAACAGUGGGGCUGGAUACUGGAAAUGUACUCGCCUGUUCACCCACUGUUAAUUGGGAAAGACUCCCAGGAAGUGUUUUCCUGUUGCCUGUGGGGAUUGUUUGUUUCCAUCACAGUGAUCUUGUAGGAACUGACACAGUCAUAUGCCGAAACCCAGUCUUGUUUUUUAAAAUCACAAACAUUUUGAUGGCAUUCAUGUUAUUUAUGAAUGGCUGAUUCAUAUUGAGAAGCUGUUUCAUAUGUCUUUUUGGAAAUAGAAAAACAGAAAUGGAAAGUACUUAUGAAACAUGUCUAAUUAAUAAAGGACCUACAAGCAAAUGUUGUGCUGUCUGUUUAGAAAAUACUGAAUUACACUGAAUGUUAAAUCUACACCCUCACUGUCCUGUUGACU